AAGCCCAUCUCCCAAAAUGCAAACUUGUUAAACUCCCUUUCCUUACGAAGUCCAUAAAUCUGCCCAUCUGAUCAAACUCACCCUGUCUCUCUCUCCGACCAUUGAACCCGAAAGAAAACCCGAGAAAAAGAGAGUGGCAGAUGGCAAACCCAGAGAGAAAAUAGCGAGUGAGAGAGAGAGAGAGAGAGAGCGGGCAAUGCUGCAGUUGUGUGGCUGUGAAUCAUCAAAGGCUAAAAGGGGCAGAGUAUAUGGGGAGUGGAGCUACUCUGGUGGAGGGUGUUCGUCGCUGGUUUCAACGUCGCUCUUCUUCCACUUCUACAACUAUUAAUACUAAUCCAAAUAAUAAUUCAAAGCAACCCAGUAAUAGUAAUUAUAGCAGAAACAACUUUAUCAAUGAUCACAAUGAUGCCCACGUCUGUGUCUCCGAUUUAAGCGCCCAAUCGCCCACUUCUCACCAACGGGAACAAAAGCAAGACCAAGAGUACCAGCUUCAGUUUGAGGUUGAGGACGACUUUGACAUAUCUGGAUUGAAGCUCAUCUCAGUUCCCAAGCGGGCCAACUUCAGAGCUCCCCCCAUGGAUUCACAAAAGAAGGGCAAUCUAGAAACAGAGUUUUUCACAGAAUAUGGAGAGGCAAGUCGCUACCAAGUUCAGGAAGUCAUUGGGAAAGGAAGUUAUGGUGUUGUGGGUUCUGCAAUUGACACCCACACUGGAGAAAAGGUUGCAAUCAAGAAAAUUAAUGAUGUUUUUGAGCAUGUGUCCGAUGCUACAAGGAUCCUGAGAGAAAUAAAGCUCCUUCGCUUGCUUCGUCAUCCCGACAUUGUUGAAAUAAAGCACAUAAUGCUUCCUCCUUCUCGACGAGAGUUCAGAGAUAUCUAUGUUGUUUUUGAGUUGAUGGAAUCUGACCUUCACCAAGUUAUUAAGGCAAAUGAUGAUCUUACUCCUGAGCAUUAUCAGUUUUUCUUGUACCAGCUGCUUCGUGGCCUAAAGUAUAUUCAUACAGCAAAUGUAUUUCAUCGAGAUUUAAAGCCAAAAAACAUUCUUGCUAAUGCUGACUGCAAAUUAAAGAUAUGUGACUUUGGGCUUGCUCGCGUAUCUUUCAAUGAUGCCCCAUCAGCUAUUUUUUGGACAGACUAUGUUGCAACUCGAUGGUAUCGUGCUCCUGAGCUAUGUGGUUCGUUUUUCUCAAAAUACACUCCUGCAAUCGAUAUUUGGAGCAUAGGAUGCAUAUUUGCUGAAAUACUCACUGGAAAACCGUUGUUUCCUGGGAAAAAUGUGGUGCACCAAUUGGAUCUCAUGACUGAUUUGCUUGGCACACCUUCUACAGAAUCCAUUGCAAGGAUUCGGAAUGAAAAAGCAAGAAGGUACUUGAGUAGCAUGCGGAAAAAGCAACCAGUUCCUUUCACACAUAAGUUCCCUCAUGCAGAUCCCUUGGCUCUUCGCCUAGUAGAACAACUGCUUGCAUUUGACCCGAAAGAUCGUCCGACAGCUGAAGAGGCAUUAGCUGAUCCGUACUUUCAUGGUUUGGCAAAUGUUGACCGUGAGCCAUCCACUCAACCCAUUUCAAAACUUGAAUUUGAGUUUGAGCGAAGGAAAUUGACAAAAGAUGAUGUUAGAGAGUUAAUCUAUAGGGAGAUUUUAGAGUAUCAUCCGCAGAUGCUGCAGGAGUAUCUCCGAGGUGGAGAUCAAACUAGCUUUAUGUAUCCUAGUGGGGUUGAUCGAUUCAAGCGGCAGUUUGCACAUCUUGAGGAACACUAUGGUAAAGGUGAAAGGGGUACUCCACCACUCCAAAGGCAGCAUGCCUCAUUGCCCAGAGAGCGGGUGUGUGCACCCAAGGAUGAGAAUUCUGGCCAAAACAAUGAUGUGGAAAGGACUGCUGCUUCUGUUGCCUCAACUCUUGAGAGUCCUCCAGGGUCGCAGCAGCCUGAUGGCUCUGUAAAUGCAGAUGGACAAAAUGGACCUAGCAAGACAAACCACAACGCUCGUAGCCUGUUGAAGAGUGCCAGCAUUAGUGCUUCGAAGUGUAUAGGUGUAAGACCGAAAAAAGAUUCGGAGGAGGAAGCUAUUGCUGAGGUCAACGACGAGGCAGUCGAUGGUUUGUCCCAAAAGGUUGAAGCUCUCCGUGCCUGAUUCCCCGAUCUGUAGUAGAAAAAACAAAAACAAAAACAAACAAACAGGUGUAACUUUGUGUUCUGCCUCCUUUCCCCCUAUUUAGAAGAAAGGGUGCUCUGUAACAGUCCAUAUUCGAAGAUAUAUAAGUUAUUUCAGUUAGAAGCUAACAUAAUAGGACUCGUUCAUUCAUUUUUCCUUCAUUAUGUCACCACCACAACGCAGAGGAAAUUUCUCUGCUGUAAGUUGUAACUAUUUCUGUUUGAAGAAGACGACAUGUAUUUUGUUCAAUUGUUUAGUGAUUGUGUGAUACAAUAGAAA